AUGCGAGUCGCCCGUCUCUCGUUCCUCCUCUACUCUCUGGCCCUCGUGGCCGUCACGGCUGGCCAGAGCCAGGGAGUUACUGACAUAGCUGCCGUCACCUCUGGCCUCCCAGCGCCGACCGCUACGGAUUCUUCGACGACCUCGACAACAUCAUCGUCUGAGUCCAAAGAGACCACUUCUACUACUAGUUCCGAGAGUACAAAGUCGACAACAACAACAUCAACCGAUACUACCUCGACCACCUCUAAGAACGAUAACCCUGCGCCUACCCCAACCACAUCGUCCACAACUUCCAAAGACGAUACUCCAGCGCCUACCACCACCUCUGAUGGUACGUCGGCAACUGAGACCAGCGGAACGAAGACUUCCAGUUCGAGCGAUGUGGUCAAGACGAUCACCACGACUCACACUAUCAGUGGAACACCUGUUCCGACCACGUACACCACCACUUCUCCACAAGGCAGCAGCUCGACGGAUUCUCCUAGCUUGAACGGCUCAACCAACAAGGACUCCAGCUCUGGUCUCUCUUCUUCUCAGAAGAAGAUCAUUAUCGGUGUCGUGGUGGGUGUUGGUGGUGCCAUCAUCAUCGGUGCUAUUGCUGUAGUCAUGUGGAGGAUCCGUGCCAGAAGACGUGCUGCGGCCGACAACGAUGAGGCUGCCGAUCUCAUGAGUGGCACAGCUGUCGGUAGCGGUGUUCGAGAGAAGGCCCCCAGCCCUGGAGCUGGCGGUACACCAUUCAGAAGUACACUUGACCAAUACCACAACCCUGGUCCUGUUAACGCUGCGUCCAACUUCUAA